AAUAAGAGUGUACGGUCGGGAUACGUCUGCAGUUCAUUUGUCCUAAUUUGGAAUUUUGAAUAAGAAGAAGAAGAAUCCUGAGAAACGCACCUUUUACGAUACGCCGCCUUGUCUAUACCCCCGACGAAAUCGCCACCUUUUGUAGACUAACACCGUGUCGAAAGCUCAAAGCCAGAGCAAAACGGAUCUCAGCUACCCAGUGACGCUGUCUCACUCCUCCGAUUAAAAAGUUUUGCUCUUUUCUCGAUUCCCGAUCACCCCCAUGUCGAAAAGGAUCCUUUGUAAGUUCUUUGCUCACGGUGCUUGCUUAAAAGGAGACAACUGUGAGUUCUCACAUGACUGGAAGGAUCCUUCAAACAAUAUUUGCACUUUCUACCAGAGAGGCAACUGCUCUUACGGAAGCAGAUGCAGGUACGAACAUGUCAAACCUUCUCGCCCUCCUCACCCAUCUCCUGCCUCAUCUUCCACCUACCUAUCUUCUCCCUUUGUUUCCGAAAGAGAUUUAAGCUCAUCACCAGCGUGGACUUUGGCUUCCUUAGACAACGAGGUCAACAACACUGACGCAACCAAACCAGAAGACCAACCCAUCUGCUCAUACGCCGCAGCCGGCGACUGCCCACGCGGCGACCAAUGCCCCCACAUCCACGGAGACCUCUGCCCAACGUGUCAGAAACAUUGCUUGCAUCCCUUCAGACCAGUGGAGAGAGAGGAGCACAAGAGAUCGUGCGAGAAGAAGCAUAAGCAGCUCGAAGCGUUGAAACUUAGCCAGGACGUGGAGUGCUGCGUCUGCUUGGAGCGUGUGCUCUCCAAACCCACUCCGGCCGAACGGAAGUUCGGGAUACUCACCGAGUGUGAUCACGCUUUCUGCAUAGGGUGCAUCAGGAACUGGCGUAGCAGCUCUCCUUCCACUGGUAUGGAUGUCAACAGCACGCUCAGGGCUUGCCCCAUAUGCCGCAAGCUAUCGUAUUUCGUUGUUCCUAGUGUCAUAUGGUUCUCAGAUCCUGAGGAGAAAAAGGGAAUUAUGGACAACUACAGGGACAAGCUCAGGUCAAUUGAUUGUAAGCACUUCAAUUUUGGAGAUGGGAACUGUCCAUUUGGGACAAGUUGCUUCUACAAGCAUGCGUUUCAUGAUGGUCGUUUGGAGGAAGUGGUUCUAAGGCAUCUGGAUGCAGAAGAUGGGCAGACUGUGAUAGCUAAAGAUAUAAGGUUGUCUGACUUUCUUGAGAAUAUGCACAUAUGAAUGAAGGACUCUUUUGGUACAAUAAAGAACAAGGGCAAAUAUGUUAUGAUGAACCUCUCUUUUUGUGGGAUCUUUUUUUGUUGUUCAUUGCAAUUGGCUGAUUUGAGUUGGAAGAUUUUAUCUUUGACACCAUUGCUUUGUGACCUGAGAUGAGACUGAAUCAUUUUGUACUGAUUUUUGUAUUUAUAACAAAUAUUUACAAC